UUUGGGAUGGAGCCAGCGAGCGAGAAAAUGGAGGGAGCUACUGCCGCAGAUCCCAUUCCUCCCGUCUCGUCCAAGAAGACGCCUCUCGGCACUGGGCCGUGGUAUCGCUAUCGGCAUGUCGUCUACACGCUGCUGGCUUUGAAUGCCGCGAUGGUGUCGUAUGCGGUGUUUAACCAAGACAAAUUCUUUGCGAAGAAGGAGAAGGCUCCCGAGGAAGAAGGACAAGCCAGUGUCAAAGAGGAGGCUUCUUCCGGGGAGAAGGAAAAGAAAGAAGCAGUGUUCGUCCCCGCUACUCAAUCCAAGAUCGAUCAACCAAAGGUAGUGGCUGCCCCGGAAGCUAAAGUGGAAGAGAAAAAGAUGGAGGCUCCAGUGAAGAAGCCGGAAGCACCGCACGUAUCUCACGACGAGCAAAUCGAGCUUUACAAGUGGAUGCUGGAAGAGAAGAGGAAGAUCAAGCCAUCCAGCUCCGCGGAGAAGGCUCGGAUCGAUUUGGAGAAGGGACUUCUCAAGGAUUACAUCAGAGGCAAGGUACCAUCGCUCUAAGCUUCUCACAACUAAAAAGGAAUUUUGAUACUCUUGAGUGAGCUGUGAUUCAAUUUUUUUGUAGUAAGCUUCACAAGUUUGUGAGACGUAACGAAAGAUACUUCGUCUCUUUCUUAA